AUGGCGGUGCGGCCGCCUCUGCGCGUGCUGUGCUUGGCGGGCUUCCGGCAGAGCGAGAGGGGCUUCCGCGAGAAGACGGGAGCGCUGAGGAAAGCGCUGCGGGGCCGCGCCGAGCUCGUGUGCCUCAGCGGCCCGCACCCGGUCCCGGGGAGCGCUGCGGGCCCCGAUGGUGCCGGGCCAGACCCGGGUUCCUGCCCUCCGGAGGAGCAGCCCCAAGGCUGGUGGUUUUCAGAGGCCGCAGCCGUUUUCUCCGCGCUCGAGGAGCCCACGGUGUGCAGGGGUCUGCAGGAAGCCCUGGACACCGUGGCACAGGCACUGAACCAGCAAGGACCUUUUGAUGGGCUCCUUGGUUUCAGCCAGGGGGCAGCGCUAGCAGCUCUUGUUUGUGCCCUGGGCCAGGCUGGGGAUGCCCGCUUCCCGUUGCCAAAGUUCAUCAUCCUGGUGUCUGGUUUCUGUCCCCGGGGCGGUGAACUCCAGGAACCCAUCUUGAAGGCCCCCUUGGCACUCCCUUCGCUUCAUGUUUUUGGGGACACUGACCGGGUCAUCCCCUCUCAGGAGAGUCAGCAGCUUGCUAGUCAGUUCCCUGGUGCUGUCACCCUCAACCACUCUGGUGGCCACUUCAUUCCAGCUGCUGCACCCCAGCGCCAGGCCUACCUCAAGUUCUUGGACCAGUUUGCACACUGA